UAUGUAAUAUUGGGCAAGCUACUUAAUUUCUCUGAGCCUCAAUUCCCUUGUCUGUCAAAUGCAGAUAAGAAUAUCUACCUCGUGUGAGAUAAUAAUUGUCAUUAUUGAGCUAAUAAAUGUAAAAUGCCCACCACUGAAUGGGUGGUCAAUAGAUGGUAACUGUUAUCACCAGGGUCUGGCCUCCUGCAGUUGAGGAGGCGUGGUGAACGCCCCUAGGCCACUAGUUAUCAUCUCCCGUAGAAAAUAAGUAACUUCCUCUGCUUUUGUCUCAGUUAAUAAUUCUCUAGCCUCUUGUCUCUGACUGCAAUCCCCUCCCCUCUGCUUCCUUCCCUGGUGGAGGUGAGAGGGUGGAAUAAACCUCCCACAGGAGCCCAGUACCCCAAAGUGCAGACAUGUAUCAAAGGAAUGGGUAGCGAGCAGGCAACCUGGGAAGCAGACCUCAUGCCUAAAGACAAGCCAGGAAGGGUUGCUCAGAACUUUGAGAGGGAACGAAGGGAGUGGGGUAGAGGGUGUUCAUCUUUAACAAAGCUCUGUUUGAGUCACACAGGAGGCUGGACUUUGCCAACAGAUAGGGACACUCUUCCCUACCCCUCUUUAGGGAGGCUGGGAGGCAGGACUUUCUGCCAGGGCGCCGGGUCACUCCUCCCUGACUCCCCACCCACCUCCACUUGUCAGCUGCCUUCUCCUCUGAGUCAUAAAGUCCUAGGGGUUUGUGAAAGAUCUGUCGAGCUAGGGUUCUAAGCCAGGAAGGUCAUGCCAACCAGGAGGCUAUAACCGGGGGCUGUGUUCAUGGAUUAUGAACUCACUUCCAAAGCUGGUGCUUGCCGCUCUUGGGGACAAUCCCAAUUACAAGGAGGCUCCUGGAGAAAUCCGAAGGCUCAUACCACUCACUCCCAUGGCCACAGAGCUGUUUCAUGGGAUGCAGAGACCACAGGCAUCAAUAGCAUUAUAACUGGGGGCUGGGCUGUCACAGUAGGGCCAGGUCUCUCAGUGUCAAACCCUCACCACAAACCCUCAAACAUUCCAUCAAGGGGUAGCCUCCAGAGGCCAGGCACCAAGGAGAGUCUAGUAGGCCAGGGGGCUCCUCCUGAGAGGAACUCUUUGGGGCCAUGAAACAGCAACUUGGACUUCCCAGCCAGUGUCACCACCCUUCUCAUCUGAGAAAAGCAGACCAGCUGGGAGCACCACUCCACCCUCCUCCCAGCCCCACCUUCUUCCCAGCCCCACCCUCCUCUGCCUUCCACACAUCAUAUGUCGUCAGGCCCCCCACCAGGAAGGUGUGCUGCCAGAGAUUUUGCCUCCUCAAGGUGAAUGCAGCUUCAAGGGGCCAUCUUUGUGCUCCUGCCCCACCUGGGGCCCAUCCUGGUCUGGAUGUUCACUCGUGAUCACAUGGCUGGUUGGUGUGAGGGCCCGAGGAUGCUGUCCUGGUGCCCACUCCACAAAGUCGUAUUGCUUGUACAGACAGCCAUCUACUGUGUCGUGGGCUAUGCCUCCUACCUGGUGUGGAAGGACCUGGGAGGGGGCUUGGGGUGGCCCCUGGCCCUGCCUCUUGGCCUCUAUGCUGUUCAGCUCACCAUCAGCUGGGCUGUCCUGGUUCUCUUUUUCACAGUCCACAACCCUGGUCUGGCCCUGCUGCACCUGCUGCUGCUGUAUGGGCUGGUGGUGAGCACAGCACUGAUUUGGCAUCCGAUCAACAAACUGGCUGCCCUGCUACUGCUGCCCUACCUAGCCUGGCUCACCGUGACUUCAGCCCUCACCUACCACCUGUGGAGGGACAGUCUUUGUCCAGUGCACCAGCCUCAACCCACAGAGAAGAGCGACUGAGGCCUUAGGGCACGGGAGAGGAGGGACGGCCAGGGUGGGGAGGAAGAGUCUGCAGGCAGGGCUGUGGAGCUAGGGUUCACCCCAAUGGGACCACCCUCCUGGGUUCCCUGGUGCCGUUUUUCCUUAGAAAUCAAAGAAAUGGGAAAGAGGGGGGAAAGCGAUUUCACACUUAAAUAAUAAAAUCCUAUUAGUAACUCUGAAGGUAUGAUGUGAAGUGUGUAUUUGAAUGCAUAAUAUGAUGCCUAGGGCGGCAGAGUGGGAUGGAAGCUUCUGGACCUGUGUGUGAGUGUGUGUGCGUGAAUGAAUGUGUGAAGGCCCAUGGGGGAGGGGUGGGCACACCAGCUCACCUCCACUCACAUGCCUCCCCACCUGGCAUAAAGAUUUAGCACUCAGAUGUUUAAUUGCCUGAAAAACAAAAGGCUUUUAAACUGACAAAAAAGCCAAAACAGAAAAAUACA